AUGUCCCUGUGCCGGCGGCAGCCGUCCACCGGGGGCAGCAUGUCCUCGUCCGGUCGAUCCGUCCCAUCCUCAGGUCAGAGGUCUCCAGGUGGAGCAGAGGAUGAGGAGAUGAAUGGAGUGAACUCUGAAGCAGAACAAACGGGAGAGGAAUGUCAAGGAGCACCGGAUCCGGACGGACCUGCACGGAGACCCGGCAGCGCUCGGUGUAAAUACCGUCACCGCUGCUCAGAAUGCAGCCGGGAGUUCUCCCGCCCGUCCCGGCUCGCCGACCACAUGGCGGCGCACGCAGGAGACAAACCCCACAGCUGCUCCGUGUGUGGGAAGCGCUUCAGCAAGAAGAUCAACGUGACGGUGCACCAGCGCGUCCACACCGGAGAGAAGCCGUACUCCUGCCCGGUGUGCGGGGUCCGCUACGCCCAGCUGGGCUGCCUGCGGCGCCACCGGCUCGGCCACGCCGCGGAGAAGCCGCACCAGUGCUCGGUGUGUGGGCGGGGCUUCGUCCAGCGGCGCCAUCUGGUCCAACACGAGCGGACGCACACGGGCGAGCGGCCGUUCUCCUGCCCGCGGUGUCCCAAGCGCUUCGCCUCUCGCACCGGGCUCAGCGGGCACCAGAAGAGCCACGAGGAGGAGAACCUGCGCUCCUGCUCCUUCUGUGAGAAGGUCUUCUCCACGCCGUCGUCCUUCAGGGAUCACGUGAGGCUGCACACGGGACAGAAGCCACACCCCUGCUCGCUGUGCCACAAGAGCUUCAACCGGCCGGGGCUGCUGAGGAAACACCUGCAGAGACACGAGGAGGAGCAGGAGCUGCUGGACGCUGCCAGGAGGGGGGAAACGUCUCCCAGCUGCCUCCUGUGCCACAAGAGGUUCUCCACCGAGGAGAAGCUGCAGCUGCACCAGCACCUCCACCAGGGGGCGCCGCACUUCAGCUGCGACACCUGUGGUCGAGGUUUCACCCGAGCGUCCCGGCUGAGGGAGCACGUCCGCUCCCACACCGGAGAGAAACCCUUCCACUGCCCGGUCUGCAGGAGGAGCUUCUCCGUGCAGAGAGCGUUCAGGAGGCACCUGGAGGUCCACAGCACAGAGGAGCACCCCCCCGCCGCCACCACCGCCCCCCCGGGAGAGGGCCCCCCCGACGAGGGGCCACCUGCACCAGGAGACCACCAGGUGAGCAUCAAGGAGUUCUGGUCUGAGAUGAUUCCUCUAUGA